CACAGCGCUGGGCGGGGCCUCUCGCCACGGCUUCCGGAGCCUAGGCCCACCCCCGCCCCAGAGACUGCGCCUGCGCGGGGAAGGGACACAGGCUCUGCGAUGACUGCCAGCUCGGCGGAGCAGCUGCGGAAGGAGGGCAACGAGCUGUUCAAAUGCGGAGACUACCAGGGCGCCCUGGCGGCCUACACCCAGGCCCUGGGUCUGGGCGCGACGCCGCAGGACCAGGCCGUCCUGCACCGGAACCUGGCCGCCUGCCACCUCAGGCUGGAGGACUAUGACAAAGCCGAGGCCGAGGCAUCGAAAGCCAUCGAAAAGGACGGCGGGGACAUCAAAGCGCUCUACCGGCGGAGCCAAGCCCUGGAGAAGCUGGGCCGCCUGGACCAGGCCGUGCUGGACCUGCAGAGAUGCGUGAGCCUGGAGCCCAAGAACAGAAUCUUCCAGGAGGCCCUGCGGAACAUCGCGGGCCAGGUUCAGGAGAAGGUGCGGUACAUGUCCUCAACGGACGCCAAAGUGGAGCAGAUGUUUCAGAUACUCUUGGAUCCAGAAGAGAAAGGCACCGAGAAAAAGCAGAAGGCGUCUCAGAACCUGGUGGUGCUGGCCCGGGAGGAUGCUGGGGCUGAGAAGAUCUUCCGCAGCAAUGGGGUUCAGCUCUUGCAACGCCUGCUGGACACGGGAGAGACGGACCUCAUGCUGGCUGCUCUGCGCACCCUGGUUGGCAUUUGCUCUGAGCACCAGUCACGGACGGUGGCAACCCUGAGCGUGCUGGGAACUCGACGAGUGGUCUCCAUCCUGGGUGUGGACAAUCAGGCCGUGUCCCUGGCCGCCUGCCACCUGCUGCAGGUCAUGUUUGAUGCCCUCAAGGAAGGCAUCAAAAAGGGCUUCCGAGGCAAAGAGGGCGCCAUCAUUGUGGAUCCCGCCCGGGAGCUCAAAGUCCUCAUCGGGAACCUCCUGGAGCUGCUGACGGAGGAGGGGGUCUCUGGCCAAGGCCGGGACAAUGCCCUGACCCUCCUGAUUAAAGUGGUGCCCCGCAAGUCUCCUAAGGACCCCAACAACAGCCUCACCCUCUGGGUCAUCGACCAAGGUCUGAAGAAGAUUCUGGCGGUGGGGGGCUCGCUGCAGGACCCCCCUGGGGAGCUCACGGUGACCGCCAACAGCCGCAUGAGCGCCUCCAUCCUUCUCAGCAAGCUCUUCGACGACCUGAAGUGUGACGCCGAGAGGGAGAAUUUCCACCGGCUCUGUGAGAACUACAUCAAGAGCUGGUUUGAGGGCCAAGGGCUGGCCGGAAAGCUACGGGCCAUCCAGACGGUGUCCUGCCUCCUGCAGGGCCCUUGUGACGCCGGCAACCGGGCCUUGGAGCUGAGCGGCGUCAUGGAGAGCGUGAUCGCCCUGUGUGCCUCUGAGCGGGAGGAGGAGCAGCUGGUGGCUGUGGAGGCUCUGAUCCACGCAGCUGGCAAGGCCAAGCGGGCCUCCUUCAUCACCGCCAACGGCGUCUCGCUGCUGAAGGACCUGUACAAGCGUGGCGAGAAGGACAGCAUCCGCAUCCGGGCCCUGGUGGGACUCUGUAAGCUCGGCUCGGCUGGAGGGACCGACUUCAGCAUGAAGCAGUUUGCCGAAGGCUCCACCCUCAAGCUGGCCAAGCAGUGUCGGAAGUGGCUGUGCAAUGACCAGAUCGAUGCGGGCACGCGGCGCUGGGCCGUGGAGGGCCUGGCCUACCUCACCUUCGACGCUGACGUGAAGGAGGAGUGCGUGGAGGAUGAGGCCGCCCUGAAGGCCCUGUUCCAGCUCAGCAAGUCUGAGGAGAGGGCCGUGCUGUUUGCCGUAGCCUCAGCCCUGGUCAACUGCACCAACAGCUACGACUACGAGGAGCCCGACCCCAAGAUGGUGGAGCUGGCCAAGUAUGCCAAGCAGCACGUGCCUGAGCAGCACCCGAAGGACAAGCCGAGUUUUGUGCGGGCCCGCGUGAAGAAGCUGCUGGCGGCGGGCGUGGUGUCAGCCAUGACGUGCAUGGUGAAGACCGAGAGCCCAGUGCUGACCGGUUCCUGCAGAGAGCUGCUGUCCAGGGUCUUCCUGGCUCUGGUGGAAGACGUGGAGGACCGAGGCACUGUGGUCGCUCAGGGAGGGGGCAAGGCGCUGCUCCCGCUGGCCCUGGAAGGCACUGAUGUGGGGCAGACGAAGGCGGCCCAGGCUCUCGCCAAGCUCACCAUCACCUCCAACCCGGAGAUGACCUUUCCUGGAGAGCGGAUCUACGAGGUGGUUCGACCCCUUGUCUCCCUGCUGCACCUCAACUGCUCAGGUCUGCAGAACUUCGAGGCACUCAUGGCCCUGACAAACCUGGCGGGGAUCAGCGAGAGGCUCCGGCAGAAGAUCCUGAAGGAGAAGGCUGUGCCCAUGAUCGAGGGCUACAUGUUUGAGGAGCAUGAGAUGAUCCGCCGGGCAGCCACGGAGUGCAUGUGUAACCUGGCCAUGAGCAAGGAGGUGCAGGACCUCUUUGAAGCCCCGGGCAAUGACCGGCUAAAGCUGCUGGUGCUGUACAGCGGAGAGGAAGACGAGCUGCUUCGGAGGGCGGCGGCCGGCGGCCUGGCCAUGCUCACCUCCCUGCGGCCCUCGCUCUGCAGCCGCAUCCCCCAAGUGACCACACACUGGCUGGAGAUCCUGCAGGCCCUGCUGCUGAGCAGCAGUCAGGAGCUGCAGCACCGGGGCGCCGUGGUGGUGCUGAACAUGGUGGAGGCCUCCAGGGAGGUGGCCAGCACUCUGAUCGAGAGCGAGGUGCUGGAGAUCCUGUUGGUGCUGGCCAAGGGCGAGGAGGGCCCGGUGACGAGGGCCGCGGCAGCCUGCCUGGGGAAAGCAGUGGAGUACGGGCUUAUCCAGCCCAGCCAGGGUGGGGAGUGAGGCCUGCCCGCGCCCGGCGCUCUCGCGCACGCUACCUGUUGCAGCACAGGGAGCAAGGACUGAAGCGGCUUUGGCCGGCAGGGCCCUGGGCUGCAGGCGCUCCUGCCCCUCCCCACUCACGUCCUCUGCUCUGCAUCAGAGCCACGUUUGUCACCCAGCCCUGCUCUGCCCGCACUGCCCCCGCCUCACUCAGGGCCCUCUGUACCACUGCAGACAGCUGGGGUGGGCACAGCACUCCCGGCUCAGCCCUGACUGCUGGGGCGAAGGCAGCCUCACCAGCUGUGAGCGACACCUUGGCCAGCCAGCAAGCCUGCCCAGCCCUCUAAUAAACGUGUGUGGAGCUCAGAUGUGUGCCCCGUUCCUGAGCAGGGAGGGC